AUGUUAACUCUUCGGCAACGUGCUUUCGCAAGGUCGACCGGCAUCCAAAAGUAUGCAUAUACAUACAAUUUAUAUGUAUAUGCAUAUGGUCGACGAAGCAUGGCAGCCAGCUCGAGCGCACUACCAGAACCUCUACUCAAACAGCAAGAUGCCGAACACCAAGAGAUGAAGAGUGAGAGGCUUCACAUUCGAAGGCUACACAGCGACGCAGACACUAGCUAUGUGCCAAUUUUCAUCGGUCAUGAGCGCUUCCAUCCCGUAUUGCUUCGAGACGCAUGCCCUUGUCCCAAGUGCGUGGACCCAUCAACGACGCAAAAGAAUUUCCGGACAACCGACGCGUUGGCGAAGGAGCUUCACCUAGUCAAGAGCCUGCAUCUAGGUGACACACACACCAACAUUACAUGGCAUGACGACCAUGUCUCAUCGUUUCCCAAUGACCUCUUCCUUAGGAAGAAAAAAGAGGAGCAGAAACCCUUCGUUCGGGGCAAAGUGCGCACCUGGCAUGUGCCUUUGCCUCCUCCACUGAUUAAGGAAGACGAGACCAGGCUAUUGUUUGCAGGCACCGUUGCAGGAUGGAACGGCAGUAUGAUCAAGGAGCGUCUCGGGUUUUUUGACUACCGGGAUUAUAUGAAUUCAGAAGAUACUUUGCUCAGAGCUCUCCGAACCCUAGUUUCUGACGGAUUGAUCAUCGUGCGAGGGAUGCCCUCAUCGGAAGAAUCGGUCCAAGAUGUCGCUGGUCGUAUAGGGACCAUCCGAGACACAUUCUAUGGACGGACAUGGGAUGUCAAGUCGGUUCCCGAGGCGAAGAAUGUGGCAUACACAUCUCGAUAUCUAGGCUUGCAUAUGGAUUUGCUUUAUAUGGCUAACCCUCCUGGAUUUCAACUUUUGCAUUGCCUCAAGAAUACGGCCCAAGGAGGUGACUCAAUCUUCUCGGAUUGUUUGUGGGCAUCCAACUUUCUUGAAAGACCGCAACGCCAAGUUUUGUCUGAAGUCCCGAUUGCAUACCAUUACAAGAACGCAGGGGAACACUACCAUUAUUCUCAUCCGGUCUUCGAACUUGUGAAGUAUCCCAGGAGUGCAAAGACUAAUUUGACAAUCCGCCACUUCAAUUAUUCGCCUCCUUUCCAAGCACCUUACGCUCUCCGAGGAACCAUGAACGAUGGUGUUACCGACUCUUCUUGGCGUCUUGACUUCUUCAAGGCAUUGGGUGAUUUUGCCUCACUGGUUGAAAGCCCUGCGAACGUGUUUAGCUACAAGCUCAAUGAGGGGGAGUGCGUAAUGUUUAACAACCGCAGGAUUUUACAUGGAAGACAGGCUUUUGAUGCCGAGGGGGGAGAGAGGUGGUUGAAAGGAACCUACAUUGAUACGGAUGUCGUCCUAAGUAAGCUGAGGGUUCUGAAUGCUCAGGAAUCCGAAGUGGUUGGAGAGAUGGUUGAAGGGGACCUAGGUUGAUGCGGGUAUGGUUGCAAGUAAGCCAAGGGGGUCAAAUGCUAAGCAUUCUAGAGUGGUAUGAUAUACCUCCAAGCCAUAAGCAUCAACAACGAUUGACUAUAGACUUGCCGCUCCUCUCUCCCAGUUCAAUCUACCAUUAGCCACUUUAUGUUCGGUUUCUUCUACCACCUACUGACACACCGUAUGAACAAUGUAGUCGUAUGCAUAUAUUUUCGGCAUUGAAGAUAUCAUCUAAACCGUGCUAGGCAUUUUUAAUUAAGGUGGCCAGCCGAAUCUAUUGUAACGAUAAGUAACAUGAUAUAUUGACUUCGAGAUUUUUCCUCAAUACUUGCAACAAUUAUCAGUUUAUGUUUCAACAUAGGUACCCCAUCUUCAGUCCUCUGCGUAAUUGAAAAUGCGGUUGGUGGAAAGUUGGGAUGGCGAUCCGUUCCGGCAUCUGUAGGUGGGAUCCAUUCUACCGUAUUCGCGGAUGGCAGCUUCCUUUCUUAUACUGUAGUCUCUACAGUACCUCCAAAUGGAGAUCUUCAAAUAAAAUAUAAUGACAAAUUCUACAACAGCGCCAGUCUCUUUUUUUUAAUCUCCCACUUUUGCUUCACAUCCAUCUAUGAGCGGGAAUCCGCGGUUGAAGAUGGGAACCUCCUUUAGCGAAUAUGCAUGCAGAAAUCAUUCGAGCUUCCUCAUUCAGACUAGUUCUUAUUCGACCAUUUGCCUUACUAACCACGUAUAUUUCCCUAAGAAACUUUCUCUGCUUCUUUCCGAAUCCUUCAUCUCUCCAGUCUUAUUGUUUUAAUACCAAUUGCCAAGAUGCGGCUCUCUCUCUCUAUCUUAGCGAGUCUUUUCGGGCUGACAUGCGCUCAAGUUUACCCCUACCCCGCGAAUACUAUUGAUAUGCCAGUCUGUCACCUUUUUCCGCGUUUUACGUUUUGUCACUGAACUGCGUUUAUGUAGAUUGAUCAUUUACACGAUGAGGAUAAGUAUUUACCGCAUAUCAAUACUACGUUCAAACAGAGAUAUUUCUUUGAUUCUACGUAUUAUAAGCCUGGGGGACCGGUUUAUCUUUACAUCAGUGGAGAAACAUCCGGAGAAAGUAGAUUUUCGAAUCUGAGAACUGGGAGUAAGUGGAAAUCUACACUUUCGUCCUGCCGGGAAAAUCAUUGACCAUUUUCUAGUAAUACAGAUUUUGAUGCAAGAAACCAAUGGAUUGGGUGUAAUCUUGGAAGACCGAUAUUAUGGUCGAAGCUACCCAUUUCCCACAAGCACCACGGAUAAUUUGCGGUUUCUGACUAGUGAUCAAUGUCCGCUCAUUCCUCUAUAUACUCAAUGUGAUAUCUAAUGUGUCCCUAGCCAUUGCCGAUAAUGCUUAUUUUGCACAAUAUGCAGUCUUCUCGGGUAUCGCCGGCAACUUGACUGCACCAGGAACACCAUGGAUUCUCUAUGGAGGAAGUCUUGCUGGUGGCGAAACUGCACACUCUAUCUUUACAUAUCCUGAGCUCUUAUAUGGGGGGAUUGCAAGCAGUGCUCCUAUUGAAGUUGUUUUGGCAUAUCCUGAAUGGUGAAAUUGGUCAUUUCUCUCUUUUUCCCUGCAUCCAAUUAACAAAUAUAUUGUUAGGUACGCUCCAAUACAAAGAUACGGACCGCAAGACUGUGUAACGAGUAUCAAUGGGAUUAUUGCUAAGAUUGAUAAAUUGGCGGGUUCCAAUAAUACGCAAGCAGUUCAAGAGCUCAAGGCAAUUUUUGGACUGGAAAAGUUGAAGGAUAUCAGAGAUUUUGCCAUGACUAUUGCGUUUCCUAGUAAGCCUCCGCACAUUUGGACUAUUAGAAUGGUGACUAACAAAGCACUCUCAAAGUUGGAGGACCAAUGAACUAUCCCACAGCCACUUGGCAAGAACUCAACUGGUACCCAGAAUACAAUAGUGAUAAUUUCUUCAAUUUCUGUAACAACGUUACCAAUAUCGACGCACCAGCAAAUGUUACAUCUGUUGAUUACGCUCUGGCCAAGUACACGGAUGGAGAACCCUGGGUUAAUCUUGGGAACUACGCCGCUUAUUUCAAGAAGAAUUUCCUACCAUUAUGUUCGAGUGGGGAUUAUGACAGUUCAAUCGGAGGAUGUUUUGGAACCCAAAAUGGUAUGUCUAACAACUUGAGUUGAAACAGUGCUGAUAUUAUGUACAGAAACCUACCGGGCAAAUCCAUCAAAUUCAGGAGGACGCUCUUAUUUGUGGACAAGUACGUUUUCCCACAUAAAACACACCUACGAUUUGCUGACCGGACAAUGUAGCAUGCACCGAACUCGGCGCCUACCAAGCAGCCCCAGCCUCAGGUCCAUCAUUAAUCAUGAACGUGCUCCAAGUAGACUACACCCAACAAUGGUGCACCUGGGCCUUCCCAGAUGGCCAAUACACCAAAAUCCCACCCACGCCCGACCUCUCCGCAUUUAACAAGUACGGCGGUUUCGACAUCAAAGCAGAUCGUCUUGCUUUUAUCGAUGGAAGUAUGUUUCGCCCUUUCACCUUUCCCUCCCUCCCUUAUCCUUUACGAACAGCCUACUGACGACCACAAGGCAUCGACCCCUGGCUAGAUCUCUGCUACCACUCCACCAAAGCGCCUCUUCGCACAUCCACAGACCUCAAUCCUGAGUACCUUAUUGCUGGAGCUGGACAUCAUUGGGAUUCAUCGGGUAUCUUGGAUAUCAAUGCUGAGCCGCUCUUCAUUAAACAGGCGCAUGUUUGGGAGAUUAAGGUUGUGAAGAAGUGGUUGCGAGACUUUCAGGGCUGGAAGGGGAAGAGGGGGAGUGUGAGAAGGAAGUUUUAG